GGCGUCCGUUGGUGGUGGCGGCGGCGGCGGCGGAGGAAAGAGGGAGCGCGAGGAGAGGCGGCCAUGGCGCGCAUCACAGAACAACUUAUCAGAAAACGGGCAGAGCAUAACAACUGUGAAAUGUUUUCCUUGGAAGAAAUUUCCUUACAUCAAGAGAAUUUAGAGAAACUAGAACAUCUUGACAAAUGGUGCCGGGAAUUAAAAAUUCUCUAUCUUCAGAACAACUUGAUUCCCAGAAUUGAAAAUGUUAGCAAACUAAAGAAGCUGGAGUAUUUAAAUCUGGCUUUGAACAACAUUGAAAGAAUCGAAAAUUUGGAAGGUUGUGAAGACUUACAGAAGCUCGAUCUGACAGCUAAUUUCAUAGGUGAAUUGUCCAAUAUUGAGACUCUGAAGAAGAAUAUACACCUCAAAGAGCUCUUCCUUGUAGGGAACCCAUGCACUGAUUUUGAAGGUUAUAGACAAUUUGUGGUUGCUACACUUCAUCAGCUCAAAUUUUUGGAUUCUCAAGAGAUAAGGCAUUCUGAGAGGCUACAAGCUUUACAGAAUUAUCCUGAGGUAAAAAAACAAAUCAAAGAACAGGAACAGGCCUACCUUCUUAAGAGGUCCCAGGAAAAAGAAGAGGCACAAUGUCAAGCACAUGAAAAACGGGAGAAGAAAAAGAAGGAACGGACUCCUGGCUUUGAUAGCCAAUGUGCCUACUCUCUAGAUGAGAGAGAGAACCACCAAAAGUCUGAAGGAGGAAACAAAUACUGUGAAUUGGUGAUAGAGGAAGAGGAUGAUGAAGAAGAGAGAGCUUUUUGGGAGGAUCCUGUGCCCCACACUCCCGAGGCUAGAUUAGAAGCUCACAGAUUCCUUGAAGAAAAAAAGAAUGCAAAAGAAAACAGAGAACAGAAGAAGAAAGAGAAGCCACCAAGGACUUUGAUCACUCCAGAAGGAAGAGUUCUGAAUGUGAACGCUCCCAAGCUUCCUUUCUCCUUGAAAGACGAUGAAGAAAACAGCCAGUUCAUUCUGGAUCUUGCAGUUUACAGACAUCUGGACACCUCUCUGCUCGAUGUUGACGUACAGCCUUCCUACAUCCGAGUAAUGGUCAAGGGCAAGCCUUUCCAACUGGUGCUUCCUGCAGAAGUGAAGCCGGAUAGCAGCACUGCCAGGAGAUCUCAGACAACUGGACAUUUGGUUAUCACCCUGCCAAAGGCUAAAGAAACAAUUGUGGCUACCCAGAAAGUAUCCACUUCAAAGAAGCGGUCUGAUGUCAGUCAAUUGCAAGCAAAUCUUAAAAGGAACGUGCUAACAGAGAAGCUGGAAGUGGACCCCAGUACGUACUCAUUCCCAGAUGUGACAAACAUUGUCCAGGAAAAACAGCGCAUUGGACAAGGACCUAUUAAACUUCAGCGGCAAAGAGUUGUGGAUACCAAGAGCACAUCAGAAGUCUUUGAUGAUGACCCGGAGGUCCCACCUUUAAUUUGAUGUACCAAUGUAUAUGUGUUAAUUGACUUUCUGAAGAUUGUUGAUGGGUUCUAAGAAUCUAUAUCUUGCCUAUGACCACAUUGCCAUGUUCAGUUGGAUAAAGAACAAAAAAUGUUUUCCUACAAACCUUAAUUUUCUUGGGUAAUCAUUGAAUCCCUAGCAUGAUGGAGGUCCCCUGUAACUGU